UUGUGCUUUCGCUUUUUUAUUCUUUGGCCCGUUUGCCUUUUGUUAUAGUUAUUGCUGUUGUUACCUUAGUAUCCUUGUCCUUGGCUGGCGCUCGUCAAUGCUCAACGUCGCUUUUCGCUUUCCUGUCUGUUUGCCUUGUGCCUGGUUCCUUCCUGGUUCCUGCUCGACGUGAACGUGCGAUGUUUCCUGCUCACACAGAUUCGCUUGUCCUGCCGCGUCCUGUGCCGUGUGUUGCGUGCUUGCCUUGGCUCUCUUUUACUGCUCGGCUUCCUCGGCUCGCCUCCUCCCGUCUCUGCCAGUGCCUCCGGCCUUAUUUCUUUUCCCUUUUGCCUUUUGCAUAACAAACAAUUAACGACUUAAAGUCGAGGAUUUAAACACAAUAACAAUUAAAAAGCAACAAUAAUAAAAGAGAUAACAAAACUCUGGCUGGGCCACAAAACAUGUCCUAAAGGCUCUGCCCAUCAACAGCAAAACAACUUGGCCAUGCAAUCCAGUGCAAUCUGUUACGAAAACUUGAAUUAAUGAAGCGAGUGACAUAAAUCACACUAUACGAAAUCCGAAAAGCUGCACAUAGAGAGGCAGAGAGUGCCAAAGUCAGAGAAUAGCAUGCAAUUACCAUCAACAACUGAGCCCCAGCAUGGAUAAGAAGUCAAAGAAAAAAUCUAAAACGAAAAGCCUCAAGUCGAAUAAGGAAUCAAGCACCAAGCUGGACGUGGAUCUAUGGGAGCAAAAUGAAGAUCGUUUCACGAGCUGUGAAUUCAAUGUGGAGCGAGGCAAUCCAAGCAAAUUGCCUCCCAGCAGCAAAGCUCCGGCGGCAACAGCAACAACAACAGCAGCAGGAGUCGUUGGAGGAGCUGGAGCGGGUGCAGCAGCAGCUGGCGGUGCCAGUGUGGUGUGUCCUGGAAAUGCCAAUGCAAUGAUAGCCACGCCGCCGGUCAAGCAUGUGGCAGCGCCUCAGUUGACCACCACGCCCACUGCCAUAAGCAUUGCUGGCUGCGCCUCCGGCACGGCGCUGGUCACCUUGGACGCUGACGCGGUGGCCGUUGAGACGGGCGAUCCGGAACGCGGCAACUGGACGGGACGCUUUGACUUUCUGCUGUCGCUGCUGGGCUACUCCGUAGGCCUUGGCAAUGUCUGGCGCUUUCCCUAUCUGUGCUACAACAAUGGCGGCGGUGCGUUUUUAAUACCCUUUACAAUAAUGCUCAUCAUAGCGGGUCUGCCACUCAUGUUCAUGGAGCUGUCGUUUGGCCAAUACGCUGCUCUGGGUCCGGUGGCCAUCUAUCGCCGCUUCUGCCCGCUGUUCCGUGGACUGGGCACUGGCAUGGUCAUCGUGUCGGCCAUUGUCAUGCUGUACUACAAUUUGAUCAUCGCCUGGACCAUAUUCUACAUGUUCGCCUCGUUUCGCACCCAACUGCCCUGGCAGAACUGCGAGCCAGAGUGGAGCACGCAGCAUUGCUUCUCCUACGUGGCGGCCGAUCAGUGUGAUGCGAUUAACGGCACCUACUAUCUCCGGCAGUGCUACAAUUCUACCUACGCAGAGGCGAACAAUAUUACAGGCCUAGCGCUGCACGCCCUCAAGCGUCCUCCAGCAGAGGAGUACUUCAACAAUUUUGUGCUGGGCCUGUCGGCUGGCAUCGAGGAAACGGGCAGCAUUAAAAUCUCUUUGGCCGCCUGCCUGCUCAUCGCCUGGGCCAUUGUCUUUCUGUGCCUGUGCAAGGGUGUCCAGUCCUCCGGCAAGGUCGUGUACUUUACAGCGCUCUUUCCGUAUGUGGUCCUGGUCAUACUCUUCUUUCGCGGCGUUACCCUACCGGGCGCUAGUACGGGCAUUUUAUUUUAUCUGACUCCCGAUUGGAAGCAACUGGCCAACGCUCAAGUAUGGGGCGAUGCCGCGGUGCAGAUAUUUUUUGCUUUGAGCCCUGCGUGGGGUGGCCUCAUCACCCUCUCCUCAUACAACAAAUUCUCCAAUAACUGCUACAAGGAUGCCCUCAUUGUUGCCUUUUGCAACAUAGCCACCUCCUUCUUUGCGGGUCUAGUCAUAUUCUCCAUAAUUGGAUUUCUCGCACACGAACUGGACGUGGAGGUGAAAAAGGUUGUGGAUCAGGGGGCCGGCUUAGCAUUCAUUGUGUAUCCGGAGGUGGUCACACGUCUGCCCAUCUCACCUGUUUGGUCUGUGCUGUUCUUUGUCAUGCUGCUCACUCUUGGCCUGGACUCGCAGUUUGCUUUAAUGGAAACCGUAACUACUGCCAUUUUGGACAAAUUUCCAAAUCUGCGACAAUACAAAACAUGGGUUGUACUCUUUGUGGCCAUAUUUGGUUACACGGGCGGACUCGGCUUUACCACCAACAGCGGCAUGUACUGGCUGCAGCUGAUGGACAAAUACGCCGCCAACUGGUCUGUGCUGCUUAUAGCAAUCUUGGAGUGCUGGCUCAUCGCCUGGAUCUAUGGGUCACAGCGAUUCCUCAACGACAUCCAGGGUAUGAUUGGCAAGCGAUCGCGCCUAUGGAACUUUUUCUGGGGCUUUAUGUGGCGCUAUAUAACGCCAGCAACUCUUUUGUUCAUUUUAUUCUUCAACUGGGUAGAGUACAAGCCUGCACAAUAUGGCCAUUACAUAUACCCUUUAUGGGCCGAUAUUGUCGGCUGGAUCGUAGGUCUAUUGCCGGUGCUAAUCAUUAUUGCUGUCGGCAUGCAGCAAGUGUACAAGGCCCCAAGCCAUCUUGGUGUCAAGGAACGGAUCAGACAUCUGAUGCAACCCACAGCCGAAUGGGGACCUGCUGGCAGACCCUGUGUCAAUUUGCAUGCCGAGCGUUAUCAGAGUCAGAACUACGAUGGUGUGACCAAUACUCAAAUUCUGAUAAGUGGAGCACCAGCGGAAGUCAUGCCCUACGAGGACAACAGCCAAGACAAUGGCAAUGGUAGCGCCAAUGACAACUGCAUCAGCAAUGGCAAUGGCUAUCGGGAUGAGGUAUUGCAACUCUGAGAGCGGGUUAACGCAUCCUCGUC